AUGCGGGAUUGUGACAGCACUACAGACUUGGUGCAGCCCAUGGACCCAUCGACAACAUCAUUAGCAGAUCAACUGGAAGGAGAUACAGAUUGUUACAACUGCUACGCAUCCCUCAGCAUCAUGGCAAAAACACUGCGUGUACACUGUGACAACACCAUCAGCAUAACAUACAUCAACAACUUUGGCGGAACAACGUCACCAGAGUUGAUGGCACUAGCUCGUCGCAUAUGGAAUUUCCGGUUGAAACACCAACACACGUCUACAGCUUACAUACAUCCCUUCUGCGUUCGACCCGGCCGACGCACCAUCACGACAAUCCAGUCAACAGAUUUAAAUGGUAGUUGGCACGGCAGUACUUCAAGAAACUCGAUCACAAGUGGAAUCCACACCACGUGGAUCUAUUUACGACAGUCAACAACACACACUCGCCUCGGUGUGCGGCAUCGCCACCGACGCUUCGACGAUACCUUGAAAACAUCUGGGCAGAGUUUACCAUUACCCCCUCGAAAUCCCGUUAAGGCUUGUAUGAAGAAGCUCCAUUCCGAAAAACGAGUUCGACCCUCAUCACUCCUUAGAAGGUACCAUGAAGAGAUCCUCUUUGGCGGCAAAGUUGUGCUGGCUCUUGGGUGUAUAUGGUUUUUCCCGUCAAUCCGACAUCGAACGAAUUGUUGGAUUAUGAACAUUCUCAACGCCCAUCAACCACAGUCGAUCCAUUCAUCACUGCCUUGUCGCAAACCAUUCCCUACUUUCUCUAAGCUCGACAUCAAUUAUCUGAUGCCAUCAAUUGCGACGCGACUUUUCGGUACACGCACAAUGCGUCAGCAACCAUAUCAAAUCGAUCAUGUGACUGCUUCAUCGACCGAGGAACAAGGGACGGAUCAAGGCUCGGGCUUGGGGAUCUUCGUGGGCUGUGUUUGCUGGUAUUCCGGUUGA